GACAUCACAACGAUGUAUACGGUGAAAAGAAACACAAGGGGCAUCUUACUCAUGAAAUAAUCGUUGGAGCCGCAGCUUUUGAAGCCAUGAGGCACUUUGAAAAAAAGUAUGAAGAAAAAACUGGACAAAAAGAUAAAUUUGCCUUUGCUAAAGAGGCACUCGUAGCAUUGGCUGCUGCUGAAGUGGAAAAACUUAUUGAGACAAAAGGUCUAGAUUCUUUUGAUAAAAUGAAAGCAAAAAGGCACGCACAAGAGGCUGCCGAAAAAUUAUAUGAAGAAAAAUAUUGUAGAUGUUAA